AUGGUCAAGUUGUACAACCUCACAACAUUCGACAUCAUGGCCGAGCUAGCCUUCGGCGAGCCACUUGGACUUUUAGCUAGCUCGAGCUAUUCGGAAUGGGUUGGUAACAUCUUUGGAAAUCUUAAGGCCAAUGCAUUUGCCCAGAAAGCCUCGGAACUGCACUUCGCACACGCCAUUGAACGUGUGAAUCGCCGCAUCAACACAACAACGGAAGAGACAGAUAUUUGGAACUUGGUUUUGAGACAACCUGACAGCAGACAGAUCACCAAAGGCGGCGUGUAUACAAACUCGUCUUUGUUCAUGGUAGCAGGAUCUGAGACUACAGCUACUAUUCUAAGCGGCGUCACGUAUUUACUUCUCAAGAACCCAAAUAAGCUGGCUCGUCUAGUCACAGAGAUUCGGCAGGUUGAGUCGGAAAAAGAUUUGACCAUUCGGAGGCUUUCCAAAAUGACCUAUCUCACAGCCGUACUUAACGAGGCACUAAAGUGGUAUCCUCCUGUACCGGUCGGGGUUUAG